GCCGUUCAUGUGUUGUGUGUGGGGUCGUGCAGGUUUUAUCCUCGAAGCAGGGCCCCACCCUACUCCCCGACCACCUCCAAUUAGGGAGGGGGCCCAGCAUCCAUCCCCUCGAUUGUGAGAGGCAGAUAUGCUUGCAGGGGUCCCCCUGUAUAGGCUUAGGAGUAGUGAAAGAGGGGUAGAGAGAAAUCUUCUCUACGUGUGCUUCGAUCCACUUCGGACAGAUGCCCACAGUGUGUUGUGCGUGGUGAGUCUUGGCAGAACAAUGUGUAUGACAACCACAGGACACUCGAACACACGACUCAUGGCUCCGCAGGUUGACACGUAACCAUAAGUCUAAGUGGGCUGGGGUCACGAAGUGAAAUACAGAACAAAAAAAUGUGAAGGGGGAAGUGAAACUGUGGCCAGCUGUUUGACGUGGACACCACCUAGAAGGGAAUUCAGCAUUGCAUCGUGCUGCCCCGCGGGGUCUCAUGGACGCGUCGGCUAGCAAACGUGGCGCGUCGGUGGCUCUACUUGGAUAGAGUGGAAAUGGAAUUGACUUGGUGGGAGAGGAGAGUGUGGAAUCUGAUGAGAGAUUGCGGGAGCAAAUUGAACGAGUGUUUCAACAUGUGAGGCCCUCUGGCCACUUCGGGAGUGCUGGCUGCAUGUGUGUGUGGGAGUGGAGGGGCAGUCAACAGGAUCAGGCUUGCUGGGAAAAUUGAAGACACCCUUUCACACAGCUCAUGUUAUUCAGUUUGUAAAUGAUGGCGCCCUUGCGACGUUGUUUACUCUGUUUUCGCGAUACGGGAACUCAAGGAGAAACUACACUCAAGUGUUCCAAGAAGGCCUUGAAAGACCAACUGGGUCGGCCAAAACAGGUCUUCGACGUACCACGAAUUACGACAGGUGGAGAUGCGACAGGUGGAGACACAGGUGGCUCAGGAUAUAGUUUGUCUGAAACACUUCCAGACGGACCCUUGCUAGACACAAGCAGUCUAAGGAGUUUUACUGAUGAGGAGAUAAGGAAAGCCACCAGAAACUUGUCUGUCAAAAUAGGUGAGGGUGGUUUUGGGGCAGUGUACAAGGGCAUGAUAAAGACUUCACCAACGGCGCAGACAUAUGUUGCAGUGAAGAAAUUGUCGAGCAGAUCGCGGCAAGGACUUCCAGAGCUAAUUAAGGAAAUAGAGGUCCUUCCUCGCCUUCAUCACAAGCACCUGGUGCGUCUCAUAGGAUACUGUAAUGAGGAAUCCUGUCAAGCGCUUGUGUAUGAGUACAUAAAUAAUGGCAACCUACGGGAUCACUUACAUGGUAAAAGGUCAGAGGUUCCACUGCCAUGGAUACGAAGGCUGUCAAUUGCAUUGGACAUUGCGCAUGCUAUUGACUAUCUUCAUGUACAUGUAUCACCAUCGGUGAUUCAUCGCGAUAUAAAGGCGGCAAACAUUUUACUUGAUGAUAGGUUCCAUGCCAAGCUGUCUGACUUUGGCCUCUCAAAACUCCUUGCAGAGGAUGACGAAUUCACUCACAUUACCACAGAUGUCCGGGGAACUGCUGGCUACCUGGACCCUGAGUACUACCAGACUCGGCGGCUGACGGAUAAAAGCGAUAUCCAUAGUUUUGGAGUUGUCAUUCUGGAAUUAAUAAGUGGACGAAGGUCGGUGGAGUUCACAGGAAAGUCUCACUUCAACCUUGUCAAAUGGGCAAAAAGUGAGUUGGCUAAGGGCAACAUACGACAGGUCUUGGACAGCCGGAUUCCGGAUGGAUCUUACAACGUGAAUGCUCUCUGGCGGCUUGCAGACAUUGCAAUAAGGUGCUGUGCGACCACUUCAGCAGACCGCCCGAGCAUUGGUCAGGUGGUAAGAUGCAUUCAGGAGGCAAAGGGUGAUGAAAUGAGGACUCCCGUCGUGCAAGAAGCUCCUGAUAAACCUCCAUCAGACGAUGAAGAUAAUGUUUUCACCUUUCGAUGCGACAGUAUGGAUGACCAGCCACAAGCAAGGUAGCCACAUUCCUCCACAAGUCGGUGCAUGUCAGAGGAGAUAUGGCUAUCAGGAGAUAUAGAUUGCCGUCAAGCACGGCGAGCUCAGCUGGUACACCCUUGAACUGUUGAAGUACAGACCCAAGUUCAAAUCCAGAUGCAGUCCGUCCAAUAAACAGAUUGAAAUAGUUCUGACUUACCUGGGGCUGGUCAGUUUAAUGAUGAUAUCUCAAGGCCGUCGCCUUUUCAAAGAAAAGAAGAAGAGAGAAGAAAACGAUUGCUGUCAUGUCGGGGGGAAUGGCAGAGACUGCGAUGUCAGGGAUGGUGGAAGCGGGCAUCCUGUGAGCUGCAUCAUCUGUCAUUGUGCGAUUUGUAAUUCUCGGGGAGGUGAGUAGCGGAUCUCAACUAUGUACGCAAGGAGUGGAUGAAGAGUGCAUGACGGACUGGACGGCAAAUUGAGAACUGGAUGCUUCUGCUUCAAAGAUGGAAUGUAUGUGUGAUGUUUGUUGGCGAGGCCCGUUUUGCUGUAUAGAUAAGGAUUGGGGUGUAUAUGGCAACAUGGACUGCACGCAUUGAUAACCACGUAAUCCUGAUGCCAGGAUGGAACGGUGAGCAUGCCAUUCAUUGAUGGAGCCGUUGACCAUGGGAUAGAGGAGAGGAGAGAGGGGAAGAGGGGAGGAAAGAGGACAAAUGUAGGUUUUGUGUUAACUUUACUACGCUUUCGGGCCUCUUUCGAGAUGGUUGGAGGCGGGAGAGGGACGGAAAAUAGGAGGGAGGGAGGGAAAGGAGGAGGAGGAAGAGGAAGAAAUAUGCACUCUGUCACCCUGUGUCUUUGAUGUGGUCCCCAGCUUGUGACUACGUAGCAGGCUGGAAGGGUGAGGCAGGGUCAAAAGGGCAGAGAACACUCGGCAUAGACUCCAUCUUCUCUUCCCAGGAGAGAAGAGGGAUAACAAGGGAGGAAAGGUUGUCCUUGAGGUUGGUGGAGGUGCAACUGAGCAUCGCGAAGACAGACCUUUGGGUGUAAGAUCGAAAGUCAAAAGGGAAACCGCCGAGAUCGUAUGGGGACAGAGAAGGAAGGAGGUAGACGGGAGUAGAAAAGAGGAAUGGAAGUGUGAGAUCUGUUCUGGACUAGUUUGUUUGGCUUAGGGGAUGAUCGGAGAGGAAGGGAGGAUGGUAUGCUAGCACAUUUCUAGUAUGUGCAUGCUUUUAUCCGCCUCUCUGACUGUGCCGAACCAGCUCCGGCGUCUUGGAUCAGAGUCGGCAAAAGUGACUGAGGGCAUAGUCGCACUGGAACCUUCCUGAAUGCAUCGGGUAGGGUAUGGCCGGAUUCGGGGUGUACUCCCACUAGGACUUUUUCUACUAGGCUCUAGACGUGAUUGCAGUCGGGUUCAUCCAGGUUUGGGCUUAGUUGCAGUCGGACACAUUUAGAAAAGUCUUAGGGUGAGUAUGCCCUCAAUCAAGAAAGUCCGUGUGUGAGUAUGUCCGGACUUACUCAAGGAAAGUAUUGGGUCCUGCCAUCGUCCCCCAAAUAGAACGUACGGUCAUUAUCACUGUAUCUAGUCUGAAAGUUUCCCCCUAAUACAUCGAUAAUGACUGUACGUUCUACUCCGCGGAAGGUGGUAGUGAACCCAACACCCAAUUGGCCGGCUCGUUUCAUCACAUUCUGGCGGGCGGCUGCGCAGCUCUGUCCCUCAUUUCGAUUUUCAGCCACCUGAUUACUGAAAUUUAAAUUGUGCGUUUUCAACUUUGUCCCUUUUUUUCUUACUCUUUGCGUGGUAAGACCUGUUUGCUACACUUGUCGUCUUCUCGUUUAUGGUCUUCCCACUUUGUCAUUGCUUUUUCAGUGCACUAUUGCAGCACGAUAAGACCUCUUUCGGUACCCUCGUCUUCUUCUCAUUUGUGGUCUUCAAACUUUGUCAUUGCUUUUUCAAUGCGCUGUUGCACGAGGACAUGGGCAAUGAAUGACUGUAAUUAUC